AAUCGGAGACACCUGCUAGUGCAAAUGGGGCUACAUACGACUUAGUUAUGGACAUGAUGCGAGGAUACUUUGGACAAGGUUACAUUUUGUACAUGGACAAUUAUUAUAGUUCACCACAGCUUUACACAGACUUGUUUGUGCUCGGGUGUGGUGCCACUGGAACAUUACGGGUUAAUCGCAAGGGAAUUCCACAGCGAAUAAAGGACAAAAAGGUGGACAAAGGUAACAUGUUCAGUAUGUGUAAUGAUGAACUUGUUCUUGUGAAGUACCAUGACCGUAAAGUUGUUUACCUGUUAUCUACCAUCGAGGAAGCUGCAAAAGCCCCCUGUGGAAGAGUGGCACCAAGAACAGGAACACCUAUUGAAAAUCCUGCGAUCGUUAAUGUGUACAACAAGUAUAUGGGAGGCAUAGAUCGGUCUGAUCAAAUGAUAGCCAUACAACGCAUAUCAGAGUCAGUGUUUGUUGGACUGUGUGAUAUAGUGGGGACCUCACAAAUGGUGGCCAUGAGGAGAGAUGUGCUGGAUAUCUUGGAGAUGGUGAUAAAUCAGGUGACAACAAGAGAUAAUAUGAGUAAAAUGGUUAGUGGAAGUUACGGAGAAGGAUUCAGACUGAAAGGAUCAGAUAUAGACACGAUGUGGUGGCCAGAUGAUCACCGUGUGAUUUGGGACUUAUCUCAGUCUCAGUAUUACAACACACACAGACAAACACUGUUCCUCUGUGACAGUUCUGAUAGUCCACCAGGAUUCACUUUGUUAUAUUUACUGACACCCAGAGUGAAUAGUGAAAUCCUGAGAGCGUGUGUUAGAGUGAAUAACAGAUAUUAUAUAUCUAGUUCUAAUUUCAGACAGAUCUCUUUAUCUCAGCAACAACCUUAUAACCCCACUCCACAUGGACCGUGUGCCAGUGGAACAAUUGGAACACUAGAAUAUGAUCAUGCCCUCUGUUUUGUUAGUGACUUUUGGCCUCCCUCUGCCUCCUCAUGGAUAGACAGAUGUCACUCAUGGCCCCCGCCUCAUGUUGUUGAUGAUAUAGUGAAAAAUGGAUGUCACUUUGUAGCAAUUGGACAUAAACUAGGAAAUCAUGAAGAUCAUGAAUGGAGAAUUUCUUUCUCCCAAGCAGAACAAAAACUUGUGUAUGCAAUGAAUCACUGUCAGUUCUUAACUUAUGGCUUGCUUAAAUUGAUCUUAACAAAAAUAAUUAACAAUGGAGUAGGUGAUGAUGAUAAAUUACUGUGUUCCUAUCACAUGAAGACAGCAGUUUUCUGGGUGAUUCAACAAAAUACAAUGCGUAACUGGUGUCCACAAAAUCUCCUGGGGGGUUUCUGGGUCUGUUUUAAACUCAUCCUCAAAUGGGUGUAUGAGGGGGUCUGUCCUAACUUUUUCAUUCCAGGCAACAACAUGUUUCUAACUAAAAUUCAUGGUGUCAAACAAUAUCAGUUAUUUAUAAGACUGUCAGAGUUGUAUAAGAAGGGUAUAGCAUUCCUGCUACACAGUCCCUUCAUUAGAUCUUAUAUUAUAGAUGUCCUCUAUAACCCCAGAAACUCCAUAUGUACAGAUGGUAGUACUCUGAUUUCUGAGGCUGAGUUUGAUAUAAAUCUAUUUGCUGAAAUACAGCAUCAUUCCGUAAUACAAGAGAAAUUGGACAUACAAAGCUGCAUUAGAUGUCUACAUACAAUAGAACAGAUGAUAGGCUCACCCCUCCUGACACAGUAUCAAGUCAUUAUGCUCCAGAACAUGACCACUAAGGUCCUUCAGUACAAUGCUUUUAUAUUACACAUGGAAACUUACACAUCUGAUAACAAACUAAGUUAUAAAGCUGACAAAAUCUCCAGUCAAAUGCUGAAAUUGGCAGCCAAGUUUGGUUGUAUUACAGACAUGCUGUACAUAGCCAUGUAUUAUUACAAGACAUGUAAAUACACAGAAGCUUUAUCUAUCAUAGAGAUGAUCAAGGUCAAGUUAGCACAGCCAUAUGUGAUGAAUAUAGAUAAUAUAGAUACAGAGAGGUACACUGAGGCUGUAGGGGGACAGUCCUGGUCGACAAAGAUUAGACAGGUUUUAGCAGAGAUUGUAAAUCUUGACAAUAGAAUUCAUUUCAUCAGUGAACUGAUACCAGAACAACAGUCAGCUCUACAGAAGCGCUGGUUUUUAUUACCUGUACCACCCUUUAUCCUGUUAUACAUGCUAGAGAUCUUGUGCUACAGACAUGUAGACACAAUGAGAGCACAAACAGCUCUAGAUGAUCUACAAACCCUAGUUCACUAUGAUCAAGAACAGUAUAUACCUUUACUCCUCAGAGACAUAUCGUGGCAGAUUCUGGGGAUCUGUCAACAGGUGACAGGGAACCUCCAGUCAGCUCUAUACUCAUACCAACAAUCUCUCAGAGAAGAACAACACCACAACAUACAAACAGCUACAGAAAUGAGAAUACAGAGUUUACCAAUGGAUUCCCUUUAUUAA